AGCUAAGGUUAACUCCAGAAGAUGGCAGUAGUGCAACAUUAAGGACGUAAGAUGCCGUUAAAACCUUAAGAAGAAGAAGAAAACCAUGUUCCUUUGGUUCAGGCGCAGAGGCUCUAUCAGACUGUACAGUCUACAAUUUACAGCAUCGCAAUUGACACAGGCCAAAUACUAUUAGGUAACACUGCAACUUGUUCAAGAGGCUAACUUAUGUAACGUUAGCUAACUUGCAUUCGGAAGUUGUCAGUAGCCUUACAAUGUGGGAAUAAAACGAAAGAUUGAAUCAGCACCAAAACUUGAACAAACACGGUGACUUGGUUUUACUGGUCUUGUAAUAAUCUCAAAUGCCAAGACGAUGCUGAGGAACGGUAGCAGCUGGUUUGGUCACUGAACUAGCUAGCUAGCUAGCGAACAAAAAUAUCCUUCUAAUUUCGUCUCUAUCUGCAGCAGCGUUACCUAGCAGCGGCAGGGUUUGCUAUUUGUCAACGGUUUGGCAUACUUCGCGAUGUAGCUAGCUAUCUGCUGCUUUCACGCGUUCCCACAAUGGUCCUUUUUCUCGUCUUUAAACUAACGCUAAGUCGUUAUGUGGAGAAACAAAGUGACUUGGUCUUACUGGUCUACAAAGAGGAUGUGUUGUGUUGCAUUGCAUUGCUCAGAUCUCGAAACCAUAUACGCUACGUAGCUAUGUUUCCAGUUUAUUUCCACUUUGAAGCUUUAGCGUUAUAGUAUUUGAUUUUGUCAGAGUUAUUACAGCACCAGAACAACUAAAAUAUCCAACGUUAUGGCUAACGUUCCACCAUGGAUGUAUGAGACCUCUACACUAGUAAAAUAACUACAUUGCUUUACCUGACUUAUCAGUUAAUGGUGAAAAGUAACUUUUCACUCUACGUGUACAGCAACCUCAAUAUUCCAGUACCAUAUUAGAAAUGACUGAAUUUGCAAUACGUGAGUUAAUAAAAUGUUAUCUUAUCAGUAACAUUUACUUUCGUCCAAGUGAUAUAGCAAAAAUGUCGCCGACUUCGGAGUCAUUCCAGCUUGAGGGGUUAUUCGCGUAAUUGUCCCCACUAGGGGACUCAUUUUUACGAUUAUUCUGAAACCACGUCAUUGAUGAUACUUCAGUCAAUACGAUGAAAAUAAUUCCAAAUACAUAGGUCUCAUUUUAAAUUUGUUUUGUUACUUCUGUCAGCAGUGGCGUACCUCAAUUUGUUGUUUGAUGUGGUCAGAUAUGUUUCAAGACUUUAUGAUGGAGCUAAAGACAAGAACAUAAUUGGACAAAAAUGUGCACUAGGACAGCAACUUUUCCUGAUGACAUGUAAAUCAAAGGCCCAGUUGGCACCCCUGCCAUGGACAGAGAUCCUUGUAUAUUGGGUGCUGUCCUUUGGCUCUCAUUUGUACUCGUUCUACCAACUGCACAGGUUCUCUAAAGAGCAUGAAGCAGGAUUAGAAAGAGAAUUCCUGUUGGGAAAAGGCCUUGUUACAGGUUUUAAAAGGGACCUAUCAGACUUUGAGUGGACUUUCUGGACAGAAUGGGCUAAGAAGUCUUUGCUGUGGACUCUGAUUGGUCAUGGCUUGAUAUCGAGAUUGACCAGCAUCUUUUACCCCAAGUUCAGGGUGCCAGCACUCACAACAUAUGGCCUCUUAGCAGCCAGCAGUGUGUUGGGGAUUAAAGGUGUGAGUGUGCUGCUGGUACAUCUGGGCCUGUCCUUUUCAGUGGCCCAACUGCAAAAGCCUGCUCUGUCAUGGGCCUGCAACCUCCUGCUGCUUUCCACACUUCACAUCCAACCACUACAAGAGAUCCAGAGAGGCUGGUAUAAGACUGAGGAGGAGUACUAUCUGCUACUGUUCAGUGUUGCUGUCUGUGGUCUACGCUUCAUCAGCUUUAGCCUGGAGCAUUGCUGGUGCCCUCCAGACCAUGGUGGAGUUGUGCAGCUCGGUUGGUUGUUUUCAUACACCUUCUAUCAUCCUUUUUUCUACAAUGGACCCAUCGUCACGUACAAGGACUACGUUGAGCAGAUGCAGAGACCUGCUGAGAAGUGUGACAGGGACGAAUCUGUUUUUAGGUACUCGGUGCUCAGAUCAGGACGGAUCAUACUGUGGUGGUGCAUUGCAGAAUACAUGAUCCAUGUAAUGUACAUGCACUCCAUCCAGUCUAAUGAGACCUACUUAGAAUUCCUUCCUCCCUGGGCCUUGGGCGGUCUGGCCCUGGCCCUCGUCCAGUUCUUUUAUGUGAAGUAUCUGGUGCUGUUUGGCUUUUCAUCCAUGCUGGCUACUUUAGAUAAACUAGUCCCCCCAAAGCUUCCUCGUUGUGUCAGCAUCAUGUACAGUUUCACAGGGAUGUGGAGGCACUUCGACAAGGGCCUGUAUCGAUGGCUCAUCAGAUACAUCUAUGUGCCGUUGGGAGGUUCACACCAUGGUCCUCUACACAAAAUAGUAUCCACUGGCCUUGCAUUCGGAUUUGUAUGCCUCUGGCACGGUGGCCAUGACUACUUGCAGUACUGGGCCCUGAUGAAUUGGGCUGGAGUUCUGGUGGAAAAUGGACUGAAGUCUUUCUUUGCUUCAUCUUUUAUUCACUCUAAUGUUAAGCAGAAUUUAUCUGCGGCGAUGGAAAGGCGCUGUGUUGCCCUUCUCUCUGCCUUCUCCACUGCCAUGCUCAUCCUCUCUAAUCUGGUUUUCCUUGGGGGGGUACAUGUUGGCAGAAUCUUCUGGAAGCGUGUCUUCAUUCAAGGCUGGUCCACCAUGGCCCCGCCUAUGCUGGCUUUUCUCUACUGCUUUGCUCAGAUUGGACUUGAGUGGACUUCUCACCCACCAUGAGUCACCUUGACUUUGUAUCGGAACGAGAAUCCCUGCUACCAGACAACCAGCACAACCUGCUAAGUCCAAUGCCUUGUCUUUACCAGCCAGAGUCUCUGUGGCGAACCUGGCUCACAGCCACAGAAUCCGUCCAAACCUGGCUGAAGUGCAGCUGAGCAGCCACUUUUCACAACCUGCAAGACUGGACAAAAUCUGUCUGUAAGCUGAGACUUAAAGGCUCAGUGCUGAUUCUCUCUAAGGAGAGAGUUUCCUACUUUGUGGAAAAUGUAGUUGCACACAAACUGUAAUAGAAUGAUAUUCAGGGCCGUGUGUAAUAGGAGUCUCUGCAGAGUUUCUACUCAAUAAGCUUCACGGAAUCACUGUUAUUCUAAGAAAACGUAAAAGAAAAUAUGAACCCUGAAUCUGUCUUCUUUUUAUGACUCUAUGUUAUUGCUCAAUGGUGCUAUAAGCCGGAAGAAUGCUAAUUUUAUAUUUACAUCCUCCUUUAGCUCACCAUAAACACAUUUGUGUUUUCAGAGGUAGACCAAAGGCCCAGCAGACUGACUAAAGCAGCAGGAACCGGAUCAAUGUCAUUGGCGACGUAGAAUGACACUUAAUAUUAGUAGAUGUAGGGCUUAAAAGCUUUAGCGGAACUACACACUAACUUUUUAUUCUGCAAAGUAACAAUGAUAGGUGACAUUUAUCCAUCGGAAUGCAGGGGAAAGCUAUUGUUUGAGCAAGACAAACAAGCUGUUUGUUUUGUGCUAAUGUGUUGUUAUACAAUGCCUUGUAUUUCCAAAAUGUCCUGUACAAUACCUCCGUCUACAUUUGGAUUAAAACCUUGUAUUUCACGUCUUUUGAUUAUAAAUAUUCAUCCAUGUUAUAAUGGAUAACCUUACUGUACCUGAUGCAAGGCAUCAUUCAUAGUUUCUCUGUUCAAGCAGUCAGUCAGGAGUGUUUGGAUUAUGUUGAAGGGGUUAACCUGCAACCCCAAUGACUGAGAAGCACCUCCAACAUAGACUUAUAAAACUCUUUUAGAACUUUUUUAAAUUAUUUUUUAAAGGAUAACACUGUUGUAAUUCAACAUUUGUCUUCAAAUCCUGUGAAAAGACCAAAAACAACAUGCCUGUUUUGGAAUAAUUUCCGACUUCCCUACCCUGCCUCAGGCAUGCUGCCCUCCGUCUUAGUUUUUUGCAAACUAAACCAAUAGUCAAUAAUGUAUUUUCAGCUGCAGAUUGAUACGUGGUGCACUUAUUUAGGACAGUUUUAUGUGAGAACAACAUGUCAGCCAGUGUAACAGUGUGACCCAUUGAUAAAAAAAGAUUUUAGACAAUCAUGGCACUCUAUGACACAGAGGAAUAAGCUGUAUCAGACAAUAAUUAGUGAGACGGAUUUAAUUGAAUUAGUUGUUUUUGGUCUUUUUGUCAGUUUUAUUGACAAAAAGUUAAAUAAGAAUAUCACCAGACUUUUCCUUUUAAGAGAUGUUGAAGAUGUUUGUCAAACUAUUGUAAAGCAUAAUGAAUUUAGUCAUGCUCAAUAAAGGCAAGGCUUUCCCUCGACAACCCUCUUUAGUAAAGGGUUACCGCUGCAGCGGGUAGCCUGUUACCAAUUAGUCAAUCAAAAGGAAAUUUAUCAUUACCAAUUUUGAAAAUCGAUUCAUUGUUUCACGUUGAUUUUUCUUUUAAGCAAAAAUGCUGAAUCUUUUUCGGGUUCAAGCUUCUCACAUGUAACGAUAUUCUGCUUUUCUCUACUUUGUAUCAUUGUAAACUGAAUAUCUUUGGACUGUAUGUUGGACCAAAACAAGACAUCUGAUAACCUCACCUUGGAGUCUAAAAAAAAGUGGACUUACUGUAUUCUGAAAUUUUAUAUCCCAAACAAUCGAUGAAUCAAGAACAUAAUAGGCUGAUAAAUGGAUAAUGACAAUUGUUGUUAUUUGCAGCUUUAUUUAGGAUCAUCCGGUUGAGGCUGCCCAACAUGAAUGAGUUGACCUGAUGUAAUGGGAGAAAAAGCUUUAUCUUUUGACUAAAGUUUGACUAAUGAGCUGCAGUUUAGUCUCACACCAAGAGUACAUUACAAACAACUCUUGAUGAUAAAUUACCAAUCUCAGAAGGGUUUGCGUUUGCAUUCUAGAUUACUAUGAAUAGUUCACUUUGUAAUCCAGUAGGAGAAGAUAGUUUGUCACCAGUUUCUAAAGACAAACUUCAUGUUGCAGGAAGUAACAGGAAGCAGCUUUAAAAGCUUAUCUGUGCUUAUAUGUCUUUUGAGCUUAAAAGUGUGACGAGGCAGAAACAAUCUGAUCCUCUUGACUAUUCACUGUGCACAGCAAUGAAAGCAAACGGCUUCAGGGUAUGGUUUCCAAGGAAAUUAGUUUAAGUAUGAGUGGAUUUUAAAUCAGAAGUGUCAUCGCCGACUUCAUCAUUAACAUGAAACUCAUGUUGCUUUGGUCCUCUUCUUGUUUAUCAUUGGGUCACAACAAUUGACUGGUUUGUAUGUUCUGGUUCUCAAUCAGUCUUACCGGUACAGAUCUGUAAUUUUCCAAUCAAGGUACAGUAUAAUAACUGUCUUGUAAGAAAAUAAUUGCGUAAUCU